AUGGCGGAAAGGUCGGAAUGGGUUUACGAUCAGUUGCUUUGUUUUCUCGGCAACCCAUUUUUCCAGAUACCGGUGAUAACAUACAUGGAAGAAAACUGUUUGAUAUUUGAUAUGGCUGUUGACAUCUGUGAAGAACACCAUAACAUCCACCGAGGAUACAACAAGCUGGUGGAAAAGUUACUAGAAGGCUUCAUAAGGGAUUCUAAGCUUACACAAGAUGAACUGAUUAAAGCCAUGGCAAGCAUGAAUUCUAGGCCAGAUCUAAGGGAAAUUUUCCAGGUGUUGUUUGAGCAGAUCCUUUGUACAGACCAGUUUGAUCUGUUUGUACAACUAAUGAACCAGAAAAAUAUUGAGCUCCAGCAACAGGCCCUUCUGUUGAUCAUGAAGCGACAAGGAUCUCUCCCCACUAGUCUACAGGAUGACACUGCAGAAACACCACCUCCUUCCCAGGAAAACGUCCAUUCAGAGGAGGAUAUCCUUCGAAAAGUUCUCCAGGAGUCUGAAAAACAAGCUCCGAAAGGGAACACUCCUUCAAGAGCAUCACCAGAGGAACCCCCACAGGCAGUGAUAGCCAGUCUGAUGUUGACACCCACACAUGUUCAGGCAGAGGGUCUCAAGUUGGAAGAGGAGAGAACUAAAGGACAGGAAAAAAUAGUUGAGGCGAUACAGAAUGUAUCCAUUUCAGACCCCCCUUCGGCACCAGUGGCAGCUGCUGCAGCAGUAACAGCUAAUAAACCCUCUAAACCUCUGACCGAUCUAAAGUCAGCACCUUCCAUAGCAAUUACACCUGCACCAAAACCAGCCAAACCAGUGGCUGCUGCUACAGUGCAGGCCAAACCUGCUCCUGUUAAGCCAGCCCCUCUGGGGGCUGCUACCCUCCCAAACAUCUCUGGACAGUCCAAGGUGACAGGAUCCGAGGCAGCCGCUAUGUGGAUGCAGGAGGCACAGAAUGAGGCUACGACAGGGAAACCAUCUGCAGCUGUCACCGCUGCUGCUGCGGAGUUGUCCAAGUUAGAUGGCACAGCAGAAGCAGAGACAGGAGUACUUAAAGCAACAAAGGGACAAGCUUCUGGCAAUGAAGAAGGCUGCACGGGAAAAACAGCUUCUGUCUGCCGAGCAGUCUCAGCAGGCAAGACCAACAUCAGCAAGAGUUGCUCGAGCUGCUCUUAAAAGUCAGAAGGAGGAACUUUCUUCAACCAAAACCCUGAGUCCUGAGGAAGAGAAGAAAUUGGCCAUGCGUCGUGCAAUAGCCAG